UAGACCUAUGAAUAAGAAAAAAACACGAACAAUUUCUUCUGGCAAGACUAUACUGCUCAUGCGCUCCCAUGAUUCACCACCUCAGCUCGCAGAGAUGCUGCUGACAAUGCGACUCAUGAAGAGAAAACGCACUGAUUUGCUGCAGAAGACGUAAAGAAUCGAAGGCCGCCGCUUGGCUGACCAGACCACUUGUCCRCAGAAACGUAAUACAUCAUCAGAAUACCUGGCGUUGAAUUUAUCUCUGUCAUUAAUUCAGGUUGGGUGAGUGCCACCGGUCCAACAAUGGCAUGUGUUCUUAAAUUUUUACAUAAUCUUAUUUUUGCGUAAUUUUAUACCGAGUUUUGGAUGCGGCGCGGAGCAGUGUUUUGUCAGGAUCAGGGAAAUACAGCCAGGAAGGAUUUCUCCAGCGCUCUCUUCUUUUCGCCCUGCAUCCCGCUUCUUGUCUUUACAUUGGAUAGACUAUUACUGCAAGGGACUCAGACGAGGUGCWAAUUAUAAACAGACGUGUCCGAUUUGGUAGCGGAUGGAUUUAAUUUCAGAGGAUGGCUUCAUCUGAUCUGACGUGAAGACCUCAAUUAAGCYAUGCCUGGGAUUCCACCAGCUGCUGCUCCAUGCUGUGUAGGAAGAGACCCAUAAUACAGGAAGUUCUGCUCCUUAAAUAACAACAACGCACCACCAACUAGCAUGUUGCCUCCACACAGAGCAGACGCCCUGCCAGAGCCCUCUCCGUCUGCCUCUCCCAGCCUGAGGAGGGUCCAGGUUCAAUGGGCCUUGUACCUCUCCCUCACCCUGGCCCUCCUCUGGUUCCCCUCUGGGGCGGUAGCCUCAACCCUCAACUGCCACAAGACCUGCAUCUGUGCCAGUAAUAUCGUGAGCUGUUCCAAGAUGAACCUGACCACGGUGCCCACUGGCCUGCCUCUCUACACGGCUGUCCUGGACCUCAGCUACAACGACGUCUCCCGGCUGAGGGCUGAGUGGACCACGGUGAAACUCACCAAACUCCACAACCUCCUACUCAGUCACAACGGCCUUCACUUCCUCUCCUCCGAGGCCUUCGUCUACGUCAAACAACUGCGCUACCUGGACCUGUCCUCCAACAACCUGCGACAGCUGGACGAGUUCAUCUUCGAACCGCUGGGGCAGCUGGAGGUGCUGUUGCUGUACAACAACCGUAUAUCUCAGAUUGACCGCUCAGCCUUCCAGGGUCUCCACAGCCUGCAGAAACUCUACCUGUCCCAGAACAUGAUCUCWCGCUUCCCRCUGGAACUGGUUAAAGACAAGAGCCGCCUGGAGAAACUCAGCCUGAUGGARAUCUCUUCCAACAGGAUCAAGGUCCCACCCAUCGACGAGCUGCAGUUGCUGCCUGCCUGGAUAAAGAACGGUCUCUACUUUCACAACAACCCUCUGAUCUGUGACUGUAGCCUUUAUAGUCUCCUGGCUCACUGGCACAUCCGCCGGCUCAACUCAGCCCUGGACUUUAAAGAUGAGUACAGCUGCUAUCUCCCCGGGCCCCAGAAAAGCAAGGUGGGGGUCUUCGACCUGAACAGAGACUACAUGAACUGUAGUACGUUCCACGAGGCGGACCAGGAAGCUUGGCUGGAACAGACGCUGAUCUUGCGCUGUGAUACUAAACACAGGGACCUGUCUAAGACCUGGGUGAUGCCUGGUGACGUAGUGGUGACGGAGGGGUUUAAUCAGACAGCCAAGGUGCUCCCUGACGGUAGUCUCCAGAUCGGCCCGGUGAAGACGGACGACUCGGGGACGUAUACGUGCUACGCUGUGAGCGAAGCCCUCAACGAGACGCUCUACGUGCUGCUCAAGGUGCAUAACUUCACGGAGAACGGCAACGGCGAAGCCCUGAACACGGCCUACACCACCCUGGUGGGCUGCCUGACCAGCGUGGUCCUAGUGCUCAUCUAUCUGUACCUGACCCCCUGCAGAUGCUUCUGCUGCCCCAAAAAGAACCACGAGGACUCCAUCCACUCCUCCAUGCUCAGCGCCGCACCCAGCCAUGAGGACCUGGUCAACAACACUGACCCGACGCACGUGGCCUUCAUCGACCCCAAGGAGCUGGGACAGGGGCUGAACGGGAAGGUGAACCCCAACGAUGGGGAGGGGGACCAGGGAGAGAUGGAUGAGGAGGGAGGGUUACUGGGGAAGGGAAGGAGGAAGAAGUCUGUGGCUGAGUCUAUUAGUUCUGUCUUCUCUGACACCCCCAUAGUGGUCUGAGAUGGUACAGACCGUCGAUAUGGAUGUACGCUGUGAAGUGAUUGGAUGGAUCAGGGAUGUACGUGGUGUGAUUGGAUGAAACUGUGACUACUUCCUUGGACAGAAAGCCAAUCACAGUUCACUAAACUGACCAAUCAGAAGCUUCAGGGGAGUGUUAACACAUUGCCUUGGUAUUAACAAGGACAACUGACAAUAAACAGGACCUUUCCCCAGCAUUUGAUCUGUAGCACUUAAAUACACAUACUGUGAAAGCCUGACAGAGGACUUCCACUGGGCCCACACUGGUUGAAUCAACGUUGUAUACACGUCAUUUCAAUGAAAUGACUUUGAACCAAUGUGGAAUAGACGUGGAAUAGACAUCUGUGCCCAGUGGAGUGUAAGAGGACACUAUAUUCCUUCCUGUGAUACAGUAACGGUGGAUAUCAUGUUGGACGGUAACAGUACUCAGGAAGACAUUGAUUGGCGGAGGACAGAAAAUAUGAGAUUGUGAGCCAUUUUAAACAU